GACGAAGUUGUGCCAGAGGCGAGCGAUUGGUUAGCUGGUGACAAGCUGUAUACUGCCCACAUCAGCAAGGCUCGGCAUUUUGUUUGUGUAGACUAUCCUGGAGUCAUACAGAAUCAAGACAGGGCCUUGGCUACAAUGGGAGGUCUGGAUGCAUUAUCGAAGGUCAUAUCAGAAGAUCUCAAAUUAGAGCUGACCUUCCGACCCAAUGACCCCUAUUGCAAGCCCACCUUGGGCAGCUAUAACCCUACAAGAAAUCUACUGUUAAAGAUCAGAAGAAGGUUAAAGGUCACUGAAGGAACAUCAGCAUGCAGCUCAAGUUCUGAAGAUACAUUUGAAUAUCAGGUGGAAGUGGUUGGAAUUGUUGACAGAGUGUACAUAUUUGACAAACUCUGUGACUUCCAGUUCCUCCCUGUAGUCAGGGAAGCAGAUGGCAAGUACACUGAGAUCCUGUCAAAAAUUCGUCCAAACAUUCGUGAUGAUCGCAUGGAGUACCUGUCUAGAAAUAUCCCAGUGUUCCUGCCGCCAUAUUCCUUCUCAAGACGAGAUAUACCUGUAUCAUACAGCUUUGAUGCAGAAACCCUGAACCCUGGCGAUGAGAGUGAGAAUGUUAUCGGAAUAGAUAGGAAGAAGAGGAUGCAUGGUGCGAUUCACAUUACUUUUGGUUAUCCUGAAGUCCCGAGGGAUCCUGAUCCCAUUGCCUUCCAGCAUUUAGAAAAGUUGCCCAACCAGACUGAUGGUCUAGAGGCACUCAGUAAGCUGUUCGAGAAGCGACAUCUGUGGAGCAAGGCCGCGCUGGUGGCUCAUCUGGACAAGCAACACACCAUGUACCUCAAGUACCUGCUGCCACUGGUCUCCUAUUAUUUCAUCAAUGGGCCGUGGAAGAACCUCUGGUGCAAGUUUGGGUAUGAUCCCAGGAAGGAUCGUCAGGCUAAGAUUUAUCAGACUCUGGACUACAGAGUCAGGUCAAUGGCUAACAGGCAAAAAGUAGAGGCUAAACGAGGGCAAGAGGUUUUAAGGAUUUCUCAUGGGGGACAGAAGCCACAGCGAAAUACAGCCUUGGUUCAGGUAGACCCUUCAGGCAGCUCACAGGCAGAACUAGCUACAUCUGUGGACUUGACCUACAUCUUCCACCCAGACUACAUCCCCAUCUACAGACAGAUGAGGUACCAAGUCUGUGAUGUGCACCACCCAGAGGUGCAGCGACGGGUGCAUGAGAAUGAUGGACAGGAAACUGUCUGCACUGAGAGAGAUGGAUGGUGUGUUCCAGACUUUACAGAUGUCUGCCGAGACAUAAUCAGUGAAGCUGUGGAGAAAUUGUUUGCUAGUGGUGCUAGUUCUGUCUGA